UCAGCUCAGCAUCGUUCGCUUUUUCGGUCUUUCCGUUUUGUGAUUUCGAGGAUAUUGCGUCCAGUGAAUUUGAGGUCAGUUUUUGAUAGCACAGCGUUGCCAAGUAAUAAGCAGCUCUAGAAAGUCUCGUGAAAACAGCUCUAAACGAUAGCUUAAUCUGAAAGGAUGGGCAAAGAGAAGAUCCAUAUUAACAUUGUGGUCAUUGGCCAUGUGGACUCCGGCAAGUCGACGACCACCGGCCACUUGAUCUACAAAUGCGGCGGUAUCGACAAGCGUACGAUCGAGAAGUUCGAGAAGGAGGCCCAGGAAAUGGGAAAGGGCUCCUUCAAGUACGCUUGGGUGCUGGACAAGCUGAAGGCGGAGCGGGAGCGCGGCAUCACCAUCGACAUUGCCCUGUGGAAGUUCGAGACGUCCAAGUACUAUGUGACCAUUAUCGAUGCCCCCGGUCAUAGGGAUUUCAUCAAGAACAUGAUUACCGGUACCUCUCAGGCCGAUUGUGCGGUGCUGAUAGUCGCCGCCGGAACUGGUGAGUUCGAGGCCGGGAUCUCCAAGAACGGGCAGACCCGCGAGCACGCCCUUUUGGCCUUCACGCUGGGCGUGAAGCAGCUCAUUGUGGGCGUCAACAAGAUGGACUCCACUGAGCCGCCGUACAGCGAGGCCCGCUACGAGGAGAUCAAGAAGGAGGUGUCCUCGUACAUCAAGAAGAUUGGCUACAAUCCGGCCUCGGUGGCCUUCGUCCCCAUCUCCGGAUGGCACGGCGACAAUAUGCUGGAGCCCUCCGAGAAGAUGCCCUGGUUCAAGGGAUGGUCCGUGGAGCGCAAGGAAGGCAAGGCAGAAGGCAAGUGCUUGAUCGACGCGCUGGACGCGAUCCUGCCACCCCAGCGUCCCACCGACAAGCCGCUGCGUCUGCCCCUCCAGGAUGUCUACAAGAUCGGAGGCAUUGGAACCGUACCAGUAGGUCGUGUGGAGACUGGUCUCCUCAAGCCAGGCAUGGUCGUCAACUUUGCGCCGGUCAACCUGGUCACCGAAGUAAAGUCGGUGGAGAUGCACCACGAGGCUCUCACCGAAGCGAUGCCCGGCGACAACGUCGGCUUCAACGUGAAGAACGUGUCCGUGAAGGAGCUCCGUCGUGGCUACGUGGCCGGCGAUUCCAAGAACAAUCCUCCUAGGGGAGCAGCCGAUUUUACCGCCCAGGUGAUUGUGCUCAACCAUCCGGGUCAGAUCGCCAAUGGCUACACUCCCGUUUUGGAUUGCCACACGGCUCACAUUGCCUGCAAGUUUUCCGAGAUCAAGGAGAAGUGCGACCGUCGUACGGGCAAGACCACCGAGACGGAGCCGAAGGCUAUUAAGUCCGGGGAUGCGGCCAUCAUUGUGCUGGUGCCCAGCAAGCCGCUGUGCGUAGAGAGCUUCCAGGAGUUCCCACCGCUGGGACGGUUCGCUGUGCGCGAUAUGAGGCAGACCGUGGCCGUGGGCGUCAUUAAGUCGGUCAACUUUAAAGAGACGACCUCGGGCAAGGUGACAAAAGCCGCUGAGAAGGCACAGAAGAAGAAAUAACUAGGGUGCCAGCAGAACAACGUCAUCACUCGAACCAAACAACAACAAGAACAGACGGCUAGAGCAACAGCAACAUCACACAACAACAAUACACAUGUCAAAAUUAUAAUACCCACUCGACGAUCAAAAUCACACCAUAGCUCCAUGGCAACCGAGACACCAAUUACUACUAUUACUAGCUGCAGGCAGAGGCAGAUAUUAACCGAAAUCGAGCAGAUUAUACCCUAUAUAAUAACCACACGUACGAUUAGCGAGGAGAGAGGCAUCAGCUGCAGCGAGGAUGCGAAGGAGGAGUCCUUCCAGCUGGCCGGGUCGGUUUUGGUCGCCUUCGCCGUGGUGGUGGUCUACUGCAGCUAUCUGAACAUGUAUCGUCAUCGCAAGUCCUUUCGCAGGAAACCACCCACUGACCACUCCGUAGAGUGGAUAGGGACCUCCGGAGUACUGCUGUAGCCUGCCCCUUCGAUAUAUACUCAUCUCUACAACUAACUUUACAUUUGAUUAGCAGCCACACAUCCGGUCGCAUCCACCUGUUUCGAAUGGAUUUUAAACACUUUUUAUACUUUUGAUAAGUCAAGUCGGAGGCAUUCGAUUUAAAAUCUAUUUAAAUAUGUAAUUUCCGAAUUUAGUUGUAAACCACGUCCAAAAACCACGCUCCCAAAGAUCCCCUGAACCAAAAAGACUACAUUCGCAAUGAAUUCAAAAUUUUCUCUUGAAACCAAAAGACAAAUGCUUAAGAAGUAUUACAAAAAAGAAAUCAACAUUACACACAUAAUCAUGCGGUUUUUGAAAACAUUCUAAAUGUUUCAUCGAGCCUCAUUUGCAUUUGCAUUUGCAUACUACAUAAUAUACGUUAUCCACAUGUCAUUUCAUUGCCCAUAAUAACCUGCAUAUUAUACACGUUAAUCUCACACUCUGAAUUUAUACAAAUCGAAAACAAUUGUAACCGACACCAGAACAAUUCUUGGAUACAGAACAUGUUGCUUGAUACAAGAUCUUUUAAAUGAUGAGAAAAAUAAAGGAAGCUUAACCGUAAAUACCACA